GUUAACGCAAGAGAAUAUUUUAGGUUUUUUCUCAUAUGUAAGUUCAUGUACAGGAGACAUUGUUUCACCUGAUAUAUUCAAAGAAUGUCAAACUUUGAACAAUUUCAUUCAGACUUUUACCAGUCCAGCUAUACCAUUGAUAAUCAAGAACCAGGGUACAAUCAUUCUGAGGCCAAUGAAAAUCUUUAUGGAAACAGAAAGUACCAAAUAGAUGAGUUGCCUCAACCUGCUGCAUUUGUUUCUCCAGAAAUAAUUCCAUCUUCUCAAAAUUACACAGGCCAGAUUUUGCAGCCAACCUACAAUCCAGAGUUUUUAUCGCAUUCUAAUUCUUCUGGCAGUUUUGAUGAAGAACCGCCUUUGUUAGAAGAACUUGGGAUCAAUUUUGAUCAUAUAUGGCAAAAAACAUUAACUGUCCUAAACCCAAUGAAACCAGCAGAUGGCAGCAUUAUGAAUGAGACAGACAUGACUGGGCCUACAGUUUUCUGUUUGACUCUUGGUGCUACACUGCUACUGGCAGGAAAAGAUCACUUUCGCUAUGUGUAUGGUAUGAGUGCUAUCGGAUGCCUAGGAAUACAUGCUUUAUUGAACCUGAUGAGCAUAGCAGGAGUCUCAUAUGGCUGUGUUGCAAGUGUAUUGGGCUACUGCCUGCUACCCAUGGUGAUUCUGUCCAGCUGUGCAAUCUUCUUCUCACUACAGGGGAUACUAGGAACAUUGCUAGCUCUGAUUAUUAUUGGAUGGUGCAGUCUUUCAGCUUCCAAAAUUUUUACAUCUGCAUUGGCCAUGGAAAGACAGCAGCUUCUGGUUGCUUAUCCUUGUGCUUUAUUUUACGGACUUUUUGCACUUUUAACUGUUUUCUGAAAUGUACUUUGUGGUAACCUUAUUAUAUUUUUGUCAUGUUUAUUUAUUUAUUUAUAGUCCUAGAAUUGCAUUAAGCUCCAUUAACAAAAUUAGAUUAUGUGCUUUACCUUUUAUUUGCUUAAUGGAUGAUAAUGAAAUAAAAACAGGAAGAUAACUUUACUAAUAAUAGUGUGGUGAAAAGGCUUAUCUUUUACAAUUGUUUUUGCUCAAAUGAGAGUAAAAAUAAGGCAUGUUAGAAAGAAAAAUAUUAAAUAAAAUAUAACUAAAAAGGCUCUUAUGUUCUUGUAGCAUUUCACACAGAAUUACAUAUAUAACAUAAGGAGUGAGUGAAAAGCAAUAAGAACUUGAGUAUUUCAUAGGUGAAAAUGUUAUCAUAUUUAAAAAUGUGUUUGGUUUAUUACUCUUCCUGAACCUUUUUUUUAACUUGUUAAAAAGACGUUGAAUGUUUUCCUGAUGGUGAAGACUCAUGAAAGACGUACAGCAAAAGAAAGUUACUACAGUGAGCAAACUACAUAUAUCCUCUGCUUCUUAAGAGAUGCAGCUCUGCAAAACCCCAUUGUAUUGUACAUAAUGUACUGUAAUGCUAGAUUAUAAAAUUGCCACUAAACCACUGCCUGCUGUCACUGCAGAAAAAGCACUGCACAAAGCAAAGGUAACUCCUAAAUAUGUCUCCCGAAAGGCAGAACUGCAUUUGAGCAAAAUACAAAUCUCACCCAUUUUGUAUGGAGAAAAAAUCUUCUUCAUUUCUUUUAGUCUUACAGGAACCUAACUUUUUCAUAAUAAUGAUGAAACACAGAGUGCACUAGUUGUUUCAAAAUAUAGUAUUGGAAGUAUCAAGCUAUCAGAAGGGGAUAAAGAUAUGUGGGUAGGCUUAACUUUUUAAAGAGGCAAGUAUGUAGUGGUAGAAAGAUUGAAUAUAGUUGUAGAAAGGCCAAGGGGAAAAAAACACACAAGCACCUUCUGUAAAGGUAAAUUUGAAUAAAUUAAU